CUCUCCUCCUCCUCUUCCUCCUUCUUCCCCAAACACCAGAACCGGCUCACCUGUCCAGGCUCACCUGUCCACGCCGGUCUGAGGAUUUCUGCCGCCUCUCGUCUUCCUUCCUUCCCUCCGCGUUUCAGCCUCCAUCUGCUCCCGCACCGACUGGUGCUCUCUUCUCGGCAGCAUCUCUCAGAGGCUCAGGCUCCGGCUGAGAGGGACUACCUAUCUAUCUAUCUAUCUAUCUAUCUAUCUAUCUAUCUAUCUAUCUAUCUAUCUAUCUAUCUAUCUAUCUAUCUAUCUAUCUAUCUAUCUAUCUAUCUAUCUAUCUAUCUAGAGUACUAUGAUUCUGAAAUGGAGCCUCCAGAGGAGGGAAGCCCCACUAGCCCUCAGUCGCUCUGCACCCUCAACAACAUGGCCGUGCGAAGGAAAGACAGCUUCCUCUGGGGGAGAGCUCCGCCUAAAUCUGAGAGGAAGCAGGGCGACAACCUCAAGAUGCACAAGUGUGAGCUGCUGGAUGACAUUCAGAAGCUGAGGCUGGAGAUCAACAACGUCACGCCUGACGCACACAACCCCGAAAUGAGGCAGAAGAAAAAAAACUCCGCGAGGAACAGAAAAUUCCUGCGUGGGAAAAAGAAAUUUAACAUGGACCCAAAUUUGGGUAUCCAGUACCUGGUGGAAAACGGCCUCCUGGAGUGGCAGGCCCAGUCCGUGGCAGCUUUUCUGUACAAGGAGGACGGACUGAAUAAGACCGCUAUUGGCAAUUUCUUGGGAGAAAGGGAGGAAAUGCAUCUGGAGGUGCUGAAGGUGUUCGUGGGCCUGCACGAGUUCUCCGACCUGAAUCUGGUGCAGGCGCUGAGGCAGUUUUUGUGGAGUUUCCGCCUCCCGGGAGAAGCUCAGAAGAUCGACAGGAUGAUGGAGGCGUUUGCCACCCGCUACUGUGACUGUAACCCGGGGGUCUUCCAGUCCACCGACACCUGCUACAUCCUGUCUUUUGCCAUCAUCAUGCUCAACACCAGCCUCCACAACCCCAACGUGAAAGACAAGCCCAGCCAGCAGCGUUUCGUCUCCAUGAACCGAGGCAUCAACAACGGCGGGGACCUGCCCGGCGAGCUGCUCACGGUCAGCCUCUUCCUCCUCCUCUUCCUCCUCCUCCUCUUCAUCACGGCCAAAUCAAACCGUAAACUCUACGCCAGCAUCCGCAGCGAGCCGUUCAAAAUCCCCGAGGACGACGGCAACGACCUCACGCUGACCUUCUUCAACCCGGACCGCGAGGGCUGGCUGCUCAAGAUGGGUGAGGCCACUGUGAGCGGGACCUCAGGGGGCGUGGCCUCUUGGGCGUGGCCUGUGGGGCCUAGCCCUCCAGGGGCGUGGCCUUUUGGGCGUGGCCUCUGGGGCGUGGCCUCCGGGGGCGUGGCAUCUUGGGCGUGGCCUCCAGGGCGUGGCCUCUUGGGCUUGCCCCAUCGUCCCCGGGGCGUGGCCUCCGGGGGCGUGGCCUCUGGAGCGCUGCUUCCAGGGAAUGGCCUCGGGGGUGGGGUCCAUCUGGGCGUGGCCUCCAGGGGGGUUCCUCCGGGGGCGUGGCCUCUUGGGGGCGUGGCCUCUGGGUCGUGGCUCCCCAGGGCGUGGCCUUUGGGGUGUGGUGUGGCCUCCGGGGCGUGGCGCGGCCGGAUCAAAACCUGGAAGCGGAGGUGGUUCAUCCUGACCGACAGCUGUCUGUACUACUUCGAGUUCACCACGGACAAAGACCCCAUCGGCAUCAUCCCCCUGGAGAACCUCUGCGUCCGGAAGCUGCAGGACUCCAACAAGCAGUUCGGGCUGGAGCUGUUCAACCCCUCGGGGCAGAAGAUAAAGGCCUGUAAGACGGAGCCCCGGGGCCGGGUGGUGCAGGGCAAACACCAGUCCUACCGGCUCAGCGCCGCCUCCGCAGAGGAGCGCGACGAAUGGAUGGACGCCAUCAGGGCGAGCAUCACCAAGGACCCUUUUUAUGACUUGGUGUCUCUACGAAAGAGGAAGGUCACCAGCAGCUCUCCAACGAAGGGCUGAUACAAAAGCAGCCUGGGUGUGUUUUUUAACGCCUGCUCGGCCUCACAGGAGCUAAUCGAGGUCUUUCUCAUCAACGUACAAACUGGGAAUUGUUGCAUUGUUUGCAUCCUGAGUGAUGCUAAAGACUCAAACUGACAUCAUAAAAAGAGCAAAACACUGGAAAGGAUCAAACUGGAAAGCAAAACGACCACAAAAAUAAUCAGAAACUAAAUGGGCAAAAAUAUAUGAAACAGUGAAGAGAUGAGUUAUCACAAAGGCAAAAAUGAAAGAGAAAUAAUCAUAAAGACAAAAUACAACAAGCAGAAAUAGAAAAAGUUUAAAAUAUAAAAAACUUUUAUAUUNNAAAAAAAUCACAUAUCGAAGCACCCUCAGGCUGUUAUAUGUUCGUCCAUAUUAUUUAAUAUUUAAUGUUUUAAGUUGUAACAAUUACAACGGGAAUCUGACUGGUUUUAUCAGUCAGAAAUAAAGCUUAUUUCCUUGUUUAUAGUUUUAAAAUGUUUUAUUCAUGAAAAAAAAGGUGUUUAAAAAGCCUAAAAAAUAUAUACAUGUCGUCUGUUUUAACUUAUAAAUCUUUGCUAUUGUACAGUAUAUUUCAUUUGUCUUUAUUUCUUUACAAAUUAAUAAUUUAAGGGCUUGAAUGUGUAUAUAAAGAUGUGACAAACUACUUGUGGAAUAAAGGUUUUUCUUUGAGCUGAAGGCUUGUGAUGCUCUCCGUUUCCAGCAGAUGGCGCCACAGGACCACCGUUUCGUUGUUCAAACCUCAACUAAAGUGGUUUUCAUCUACUUUAACUCGCGUGUGUGUGGAGUUUCUGUGUUUGUGAGGCUGUGAGAGUGAGUUGUGUUUUCUGAGGAGCCGAAGAAACACAAAAGUGGUCUCACAUUUUAUUAAAAAGGUGUCAGGUGCACAGACCGGCCUGCUGAAAAUGGCGCCUGGUUAAAAAAACACGCUUAAAUUGGCUCAUUUGAACAGUUUCUGCAUAUCUUCCGGGGCUCGUUGUGUUUUUUCCUGCGGGUCCUCGUGCAUUAUUCACAGUCUGACGGACUCCGGCUGUCCUCUGGAAGUCGACACCACGGCCGAUCACUUUUCCUGUCCCCACGGCAACCAGAAUCAGUUACCAGGUGUGACAUAACACAGACCCCCCCCUCUGCGGCCAGCAGCUGCUGCCUAAAAUGUAGAAAAACUGGAGGAAUCCAAGUGGAGUCUCCCUCUUUUCUCCGUCCCAGAUCUGGUUUGCUUCUGGUUUAGGGGGUCACCUGGUCCCAGGUGGGCGGGGCCACCUGGUCCCAGGUGGGCGGGGCCACCUGGUCA